CAUUAACCUGUGAAGAUUUAUACUACAAACGGAACUAAAAGGCAGCAGGCCACUGAACUCUAUCUCUGUUUGCGAUGGAGUCGCGGGCAGAAAAGUACUUGACAUUUUUAAAAGCUGUCUUAGGACUGCAGGCAUUUCCUGUGGUUGUCGUUUAUUUGGUUCUUAUUACAACAUCUUCACUGUGGAAAAAAUGUACUUCUCCACUUGGAUUGCAGAAGGUUCUUGUGGGGUACAACUUUCUGUGUAGUGCUCUCAGCUUGUAUUCUUUGGCUGCUAUUAUCAAGUCAUUUUAUCAUGGAGGUUUACUGUACAUGUUUGCCAUGGUACCAGACCCUGAUGUUAAACACGCAUUCUUUAUAUACUGGAUCACCAAACACCUGGAAUUACUGGAUACAGUGUUCAUGAUUCUCAGACAUCGGCAGAGACAAAUCACAUUUUUACACGUGUACCAUCAUGAAAGUAUCUUGUUACUGAGUGACUAUGCCUAUCAUGUUUCUCCGUGGCCAGCAAUUGGAGUCAUGUUGGGCAUGAAUUCAUUUGUACACGUCUUUCUCUACCUUUACUAUGGCCAAUCAGCCCUUAAUCCCUCCCAGAGGCCGCAAUGGAAGCAACAAAUGACGCAGCUUCAAAUGUUCCAGUUUGUCAUUGGUAUUAUUCACUCUUCUGUAGGUUAUUUGCAUCAUGGUUUCUGUGUUUAUAGCAUAUUCUAUGGCUUUAGCAUGCUUGGUUUGUUCGGCAACUUCUAUUACCAUGCUUUUCUAAAAGUUAGGCCUGACAAAAAAACUGAAUGAGACAAUUUUCUUGCUAGUGUUAUAUUUGAUUGCUUUGUAAAUUCAAAACUUGUGAGUUAAGAGUUAAAUGGACAAUAGCCCGAAGAAAAUGUGCGCACUAAUUGGUUUCUUAAAAAAAAAAAAGUUUCUAUCAAACAAUUAGAAUAUGAGCUUGAGAUUUCUAUCGUGUGAUAGUUGACGAGGGUGCAGUCCGAGUCAACUAUGAUGUAUAGAAAUCGAUAGAGAACUUUAUCUAAAUACUCAGACUUCAGACACUUCCAAAAUGCAAAGCGGCCGUCAUUCUGUUAACAAGUGCACACUGCUACGCUACUCACUAUCUAUCACAGAAUAGAUAGUGAGUAGCGUAGCCAAUCAGUG